AUGUGCAUUUUGCGUGGGAGAUACUUCUCAUUCCGAUAUUGGGGAGAUUCAUUUGGUGCUCAAGCUGGUGAAGUAACAAUUGAAAGCCAUGAAUGGCAUUGCCAAAAUGNUUUUAAUAUUAUGACUGACCUGCGUUUCCAGAGCCAUGCAGUGCUGGCACUGCAAGAGGCUGCUGAGGCAUACCUUGUGGGAUUGUUUGAAGACACCAACCUUUGUGCAAUUCAUGCAAAGCGUGUGACCAUCAUGCCCAAGGACAUCCAGCUGGCUAGGAGGAUCAGGGGCGAGCGUGCUUAA